UCGUCGUCACUUUCGUCAGUCUUUGCGCGAAGCUUCUGAUGAGUGGUUGUUCGGGUCCCGUCCGUCGUUUAGUCGGUGGUGUCUUUUUGAGUUUUGAUUGCUUGAACACUAAUCUUGAAAGCUAGUGAUCGUCUUGUUGCCUUCUGGGAUAUUAUUCUAACGUUUUUUCGUACCUUCUGGAGUAGUGUUCGGAUUGAACAGUGGAAGUUUGCGUUAUAAAUCGAAGGUAAAUUGGAAAUUUUUGAUCAGGAAAUUUCCAAAUUUUAAUUGCCUUGGGCAGCAUUUUGAAAAUGGUGACGAAAUUUUUGACACCCGAAAACCGAAGUCGGAUGAAAUCGUUCGGAUCGCCCAGCGUUUGAAGGAUAAACGUGAUAUUGUACGAGUGUGUGCGUGCGUAACUGGAAUCACCAGUGGUUUGUUGAUGUUGUGUUUGUAUUUUAUACGCAUGUGAAGAUUGUCAAAACAGCCAAGAAGAAAACGCGCAACGACAAUAAUGAUGGGAAAAAGUUGAAGGUGUUUCGGAAUCAAAACCUUGUCGCGGGGUGUUGUCACUAAAGGCUUCGAGAGGUGAAAAAAUCAGAUAAAAUUUGGCAAUCAUUGUGCAUUCGAGCAAAAGUGGAAACCUGUCCAGGAGAUUGAGUGGUGCCCGGAGAAGUUGCCAUCGAUUGGAGAUACUAGAAAUUGAUUGGAUUUCACCAUUAAAUUGAAGCUUUCUACACAGCUGUUUUUGAUGAGGGAAAAAGUUGGUCUACAAAUUUGUGUUUUGAGGAAUAAGAGCUCGUUUCUGGAUAUGUUCCUAUGGUCGUGCCCAUCCAGGAUUUGAAUUGUGUGCGUUAAUAACGAAGAAGCUAAAAAAGGAGUCGAUAGCUGUUUUGCAGAACCCGACUUAAAAGGUUCCCUAAUGGAACAGGAUAAAUGUAGGACAUAAAAAGGUCCUUAAAUUGUCCUAACACCACUGGAAAUUGUGCGACAGCGUUUCUCCUGCGAAGACGAAAAAAGGGGCAUUAGUCAUUACUCAGAGCAAUCGCACCACAAGCAAGCAGAAGAUAAGCUGUAACCACGUGAUCUCAAUCCAUCCUCAAGGCAGUUUCCCUGUUCGCAUCGCCUCAUCGUUUAGUAUUCACAAUAAUGUACAUAGCGAAUCAGCGUCGGAAUCAGAAGCAGCAUUUCCGACGUCACAUUGGAUCAAACUGAUGCGAUGAGGUAAUACCGCAAACAUUUAGCAACUAUACUGCGUGUCCUCUAGGAGCACAUUACACAGUGACCUGAGUGUGAGCGGUGUGUACAGAAGACGAAGACUCCGAACAACGAAAAAACAAAACCAACAUCAAAAUAACACACGGAUUAAGCCAACCUAAACAACAUCACCAUUACGGCAUUACGGCAUUACGGCAGUCGUCGGUCGAAAAAUGAUUUCAUUUACGCAAAGUGUAAAAUCCAACGACAGAAACGACGACUGCAGUGGUAAUCACAACGAGGCAACACCCAAAUAAUCUCGCCACACAAGUGCAAGAAAGGUAUCAAAGCAUCACAAAUUAUCGCAGCAAUACCAGAUCAGGACGUGAUUCAAAGACAUUUACGCCGCAACGACGACCAGAAGAGGAAAGUACAAAUUUAGUUAGAAAUUCGAAUUAGAGUGGGAUUGAAACGAAAGCAGCAACAAGAAACGCCAUGGCGCCCAGUCAGAAAGUAACGAAAAAAUGGGAAAUUUUCGCUGGUCGAAACAAGUUCUACUGCGACGGGUACCUGAUGACGGCGCCAAACUCCGGAGUAUUCUAUUUUACGGUAGUGCUCAUAACCGGGACCAGCGGACUGUUCUUCGCAUUUGACUGUCCUUUCCUGGCAGAGCGGAUAACGCCGGCCAUUCCAAUCAUCGGCGGCAUCCUGUUUGUGUUCACGAUGAGCUCUCUCUUCCGCACAUCGUUCAGCGAUCCGGGCAUCAUUCCGCGGGCUUCCCAGGACGAGGCCGCCUACAUCGAGAAGCAAAUCGAAGUGCCAAAUUCGCUCAACAGUCCGACCUAUCGGCCGCCUCCCCGCACCAAGGAAGUCUUCGUCAAGGGUCAAACGGUGAAGCUGAAAUACUGCUUCACGUGUAAAAUUUUCCGACCACCGCGAGCUUCGCACUGUAGUUUAUGUGAUAAUUGCGUUGAUCGAUUCGAUCAUCACUGCCCGUGGGUGGGCAACUGCGUGGGAAAACGAAACUAUCGGUUCUUCUAUAUGUUUAUCGUCUCUCUCGCGUUCUUAGCAGUAUUUAUAUUUUCUUGUACAACAACGCAUAUAGUUUUGUUAUUUAAAGACGAGGAUCAAUUUUUUGACAUUGUCAAAAAGACUCCGUUUAGUGUGAUAAUAGCGGUAAUUUGUUUCUGUUCAGUGUGGUCUGUGAUCGGCCUGGCCGGCUUCCACACCUACUUAACCACCAGCGAUCAGACAACGAACGAAGAUAUCAAAGGUUCUUUCACCUCCAAAGGGGGCCAACAGGCAAUCAAUCCCUACUCGCAGGGAAACAUUUGUUUGAACUGUUUUCACAUUCUUUGUGGACCGAUUACUCCAUCGCUAAUUGAUAGGCGAGGGAUAGUGACGGACGAGUAUCGGACGCAGAUGCAGGCACCCGAUAAAUACAAUAGCGCACCGGUGCCGCCGCUGGUCGUCAUGCAACCUGGACUGGAUCCACAGAACAAACCGUACAGUUUAGAGAGUGAAACACAAAACUCUAGUGCGGGCGUAUUUCGACAGCGGAGCUACGAUAACUUACAGAAUGAGAAAUCCAACAGCAUAGCGCACCUAGUGGAGAACGAGGCUCCGCUGUCCAACACCGGUAACAUAUCGGCCAUUGAAGAUACCACCGCAACUACCCUAGUGAUGGACGAUGAUACGAUCGUCGAGAUAGAGCCACCGAAGAUCGUCAAUUUGAGCGGCAGCUAUAACAAUCUGUUCCGAGAAUCCGUUAGUGGGGGAAAGCUUACCGCUGCCGAUAGCGAUAAGAUGCAGAAUGCCGAUGAGAUUAUCAACGCGAGUGAUCUUAUGAUGGUGUCCAGUGUUAGUGGGCACGAAAAUGUCUACAGCAAUAUUCCGUCUGGAUCGGGGACGAUCGGCAAUGGAGCGAUCGGGUCGCCCAAAAGAACAAGUUUGAACAAUGCGGGAGGGCGCAUUACCGACAAUGGUAAGUCGAAUGAUCCCAAUUUGCACGUCUAUUCCAAUAUUGGUAAUGGCAGUCACACUAGCAACGGAAACCUAGUUGGUCAACGACACAGCGCUUCCAGUGGAAGUAAUUUCCACCACCUACCGAAUAGCAAUAGUGUUAAUAACAAUUUUAGUCCAGUAGUUGAUGAUCAGUCGCUGCUGAAUUCCUCAUUCAUCACUAAUGACCUGGACUUGGAUGAUCCGGUGAUGACGAGUGCGUUUGCUAGUAAAACGACGGCGUCAUCUGGUGGCAGUCUGAUCGACAGUGGGCCAUCAGCAAUGGUUACAACUCCUUCGUCCCAUUUACCAUUACCCCCGCUCAAAAGCUCACAGCCCAUUACGGCUAUUGAGAUGAAGAAUGUGAUUAAAACGUUGGAUCCCAGUGUUAUAAUCCAAGCCGCGGGAGGAGGGACCAAUGGAAACAAUGGAACAAUUGCUAAUGGAAGUAAUCACAGCAGCAAUAGCAACACUAACAUCAACAGUAAUAGCAUCAACAAUAAUACCAAUAGCAGUAGCAACGGCACAAGUAGCGGGUUCAUCACCAGCUCAAAUCGGUUGCGAUUACUUCAGGAAUCGACCAUGAUCGAUACAGCCCUAGAUCUGGACAGCUUGGAUGGUUCGAUAGGGAACAACUCCCAAUCCUGUCUAGUGAAAACAGCUAUUGUAUGAUAAGUCCUGUAACACUUCGAAACUUCCCUUCCGUUCGUUCUUGUUAGUCUUGUACUUGACUGUUACGACACGUGUAUACUGUAUCUUUACUAUACAACUAUGAAAUCGUGUAACUUUUCAACCGAAUAUUCGUCGAAACCACAAAUGUGUGGGACUCAACAUUUAAUAUCUUAACAGAGAUGAUAGAAACUCGAUGGCACAAAACACUAACCCUACUUAACUGUCUAUCUACCACGCCAAGCAGUGGUAGAACCAAUAACUGUAGCAAAAUUUUACCAUAGAUGGUAUGUAAAAGUGAUAGCACAAGGGGUACAACUCUUGCUCUUGAAAUGAUAGAAUGCUUAAGUGCAUAACACCGCCGAAGUAAGGAUUAUACAGCUGUACAGAUAGCCCUCCAUAUUGGUGUAAAAUGAUUCGAAAAACGAAUUUGAUGAUAGAAAUGAAUGCGCGCGCGAUGGAGCAGCGAGUGAGAUUUAGUAGUGUAAUAGCGGAUAAAAAGUAUUUUCCUGUACAUAUUGGAAUGGUUAUUUUUGUGAGUGUAUAAAAGGCAUUCAAAAGAAGAAGCACAAUUAGGGAGUAAACCGCAUUGUUAUGUUAAUAGAUAUUUGAUGUCAAGGGCAGAACGAAAGAUUGCAAAAUGACGUAAUAAAAUGCAAUUAAAAUGUC